UAUAAAAUACCAUCUUCCUAGGCAGCUAUUUGGAAGCAAAAGAAAAUUUUAUUGUUCCAAAAAUUUAACAAGAAAAAAAUGUAUUUUAAUUAAAAAUUGUAUCUGUUGUGUCCAGUUUCUCGAGUGUAUAACGUUAUUUAGAAUUUUGUGAAUAAAGUGAACAAUAAAAUAAAAUCAUGAGCGAUCCAGAUGAAAAUCCACCUCAUCCAACAAUCACUCCUCGUAGUUCAUUAGGUUCAGGCGCUUUGUCCUGUAGUAGCGGUUCUUCAAUUUCUCCGUCGACUAGCUCAAGUACAGCUUCAAAUUCCGCUAAAACAGCCGUUAGUGAGUGUUUGGGAGCGUGGUUAAACUACUUGCAGGUUUUAAAUAAUCUAUGCGCAUCAGGAUACCGUUUAGCACAGACGCUUACUGCCCUCGAACAGUGGGGUCAUCAAAGCAUCGAACAGCAACAACAGCAGACUAACGUUAGCCAACAACCUCAAACUGCAUCAUCAUCUGGAAGUACAAGUACUUCGACACAAUUUACUGGCCCUUGGGACGAUUUGGCACGAGCAACUGCAGUUGCAACAUCCACCGUUAAAUCACACAUCGUUGCGGUUCUGCAAGAUUUCAUUUCAACACCUUUGGCACCAACUACUGCUGUUCCUGGUGGUGGAGACGUAACGUUAUCCGGAAUACAAACUGCUGCUGUGGGUACACCCCUAUCGUUCCAACAACAAGAGACACAAGAUCAUCAGAGGACACGUGACCAUAAUCAACAGAUUAUAUUAGAAAACGCUCAAACAAUGAUCAACAUCCAGCACCAGUUUUGCGCGGCCAGCUAUGAUGCUUUCUCAUCCCUCAUGUGCUGUUUCGUAUGCCAGGCACCAGUGGGCUUUGCACAUGACCAAGAUUGUGCUAUGAUACAUCAAAAACCAAGCCUUCCUUCUGAUGGAAGAUCACAGACUCCUUCUCCGCAUUUCGGGCCGAUGAUACCUCCUAAACCAGAAGUAUUUCGAGGACCCACCGCAACCGACAUUCGUGGCACAAUGUUCGGAUCUGGUUCAACACAUGCAUCUUCGGAACAUGUUUACGCUGGCAUGGAUCAAACUCGUGGAGCAUCACCGCAUCAAGAAAUCCGAGGGCCCAGUCCGAUACAGGGCUUCCUCGAUAAUGUUCGAGGUCCCUUACCGAAUCCAGGCACUCUCCUCGGAAUGAAAAUGCCCUUCUAUCGUGGCUCCAAGUCGCCACUCAACUUUCCACUAUUUCCACUCAAUGGACAACGGCGUUGGUCCGAAGCAGCUGCAGGUGAAGUUCGUAGUGGGGAAUCGGCAAUCGAUGCUGAGAGUCAAAUGCGUCGUUGGUCUAUGCCCUGGGAAGCAUCUAAGACUGAUAAGAAUACCGUCACUUGGCAUCAAACUCGUAUAAUGCCAACUUCAAAACUGGCUGUGCCAGCAUCUAAAGCCAGCUCAGAAAGAAGUCCUAGUACAACUCCUGAUUCAUUUGUUAAAGAUUCAAUGUGGCAAAAUGCAGUCUCCAGUCAGGAUGGUUUAGCCGAAGCUAUACAACUUCUAUCUUGUCGACCUGCUCCUCGCCCAUUCGGCCUGCAACAGCAACAAUCGUUGCCAACACAACAAUUACCACCUAUGGGACCACCCUUUAUCGAAGAACCUGCUGCCUAUGAAAUGUGGCCAACUGAAGGAAAUGAAGAUCGUUUGCCUAGUAUUAAAUUUCCACCGCGCGACAAGGAACGUGAUGACACAAAUCCAUAAACACAAUGAAGUGAAUUUUACUUACACUUCAUUUACGACUAAUUACGUUAGUUUUAACGUAAUAAUUCUUUAUUUUUAUAAAUCUUGUGUUUUAUUUAUAAAAUGAAACUUAACUAUCUUAUAAAUGUAAAUGUAUAUUUAACUAUUUUA